AUGAGACAAAAAAGAGCCUCCUUCUUUACCACUUUAGGGGAUGGGGUGAAGGGGGGUUUACAUACAACUAAGGCAAAGUGGUUUAUGAUUGAAUCUCAGAGGCAUUCUUAUCAUUUGGUAGAUCCAAGUCCAUGGCCUAUUUCGGGUUCACUCGGAGCUUUGGCAACCACUGUAGGAGGUGUGAUGUACGUGCACUCAUUUCAAGGGGGUGCAACACUUCUCAGUUUGGUUCUAUUAUUUAUCCUUUAUACCAUGUUCGUAUUGUGGCGGGAUGUUCUACGUGAAUCCAUGUUGGAAGGGCAUCAUACAAAAGCUGUACAAUUAGAACCUCGAUAUGGUUCUAUUCUCUUCAUAGUCUCAGAGGUUAUGUUCCUUUUUGCUUUUUUGGGCUUCUUCUUUGGCACCUACGGUAGAGAUCGGAGGUAUUUGGCCCCCAAAACGGAUUGGGGUUUUAGAUCCUUGGGAAAUCCCUCUUCUUAA